CAUGACGCUUUCUACGUCACAACGUUUUCUUUGUAUAAAUACAAUACAUGAAAUAUAUUGAACGUAGAAGCGAGAAGAAAUUAUUAAAGAGCAUUUCGUGGAGUUUUCUUUGAGGUCAAUCGUGCAAAGAUGCAGAUCUUCGUGAAGACCCUGACAGGCAAGACCAUCACCCUUGAGGUUGAGCCAAGCGACACCAUUGAGAACGUGAAGGCCAAGAUCCAGGACAAGGAGGGCAUCCCCCCAGACCAGCAGAGGCUGAUCUUUGCCGGCAAGCAGCUAGAAGAUGGCCGCACCCUCUCAGACUACAACAUCCAGAAAGAAUCCACCCUCCAUCUUGUGCUGCGUCUCAGGGGAGGCAUGCAGAUCUUUGUCAAAACCCUGACAGGCAAGACCAUCACCCUCGAGGUUGAGCCAAGCGACACCAUUGAGAACGUGAAGGCCAAGAUCCAGGACAAGGAGGGCAUCCCCCCAGACCAGCAGAGGCUGAUCUUUGCCGGCAAGCAGCUAGAAGAUGGCCGCACCCUCUCAGACUACAACAUCCAGAAAGAAUCCACCCUCCAUCUUGUGCUGCGUCUCAGGGGAGGCAUGCAGAUCUUUGUCAAAACCCUGACAGGCAAGACCAUCACCCUCGAGGUUGAGCCAAGCGACACCAUUGAGAACGUGAAGGCAAAGAUCCAGGACAAGGAGGGCAUCCCCCCAGACCAGCAGAGGCUGAUCUUUGCCGGCAAGCAGCUAGAAGAUGGCCGCACCCUCUCAGACUACAACAUCCAGAAAGAAUCCACCCUCCAUCUUGUGCUGCGUCUCAGGGGAGGCAUGCAGAUCUUUGUCAAAACCCUGACAGGCAAGACCAUCACCCUCGAGGUUGAGCCAAGCGACACCAUUGAGAACGUGAAGGCCAAGAUCCAGGACAAGGAGGGCAUCCCCCCAGACCAGCAGAGGCUGAUCUUUGCCGGCAAGCAGCUAGAAGAUGGCCGCACCCUCUCAGACUACAACAUCCAGAAAGAAUCCACCCUCCAUCUUGUGCUGCGUCUCAGGGGAGGCAUGCAGAUCUUUGUCAAAACUCUGACAGGCAAGACCAUCACCCUCGAGGUUGAGCCAAGCGACACCAUUGAGAACGUGAAGGCAAAGAUCCAGGACAAGGAGGGCAUCCCCCCAGACCAGCAGAGGCUGAUCUUUGCCGGCAAGCAGCUAGAAGAUGGCCGCACCCUCUCAGACUACAACAUCCAGAAAGAAUCCACCCUCCAUCUUGUGCUGCGUCUCAGGGGAGGCAUGCAGAUCUUUGUCAAAACCCUGACAGGCAAGACCAUCACCCUCGAGGUUGAGCCAAGCGACACCAUUGAGAACGUGAAGGCCAAGAUCCAGGACAAGGAGGGCAUCCCCCCAGACCAGCAGAGGCUGAUCUUUGCCGGCAAGCAGCUAGAAGAUGGCCGCACCCUCUCAGACUACAACAUCCAGAAAGAAUCCACCCUCCAUCUUGUGCUGCGUCUCAGGGGAGGCAUGCAGAUCUUUGUCAAAACUCUGACAGGCAAGACCAUCACCCUCGAGGUUGAGCCAAGCGACACCAUUGAGAACGUGAAGGCAAAGAUCCAGGACAAGGAGGGCAUCCCCCCAGACCAGCAGAGGCUGAUCUUUGCCGGCAAGCAGCUAGAAGAUGGCCGCACCCUCUCAGACUACAACAUCCAGAAAGAAUCCACCCUCCAUCUUGUGCUGCGUCUCAGGGGAGGCAUGCAGAUCUUUGUCAAAACCCUGACAGGCAAGACCAUCACCCUUGAGGUUGAGCCAAGCGACACCAUUGAGAACGUGAAGGCCAAGAUCCAGGACAAGGAGGGCAUCCCCCCAGACCAGCAGAGGCUGAUCUUUGCCGGCAAGCAGCUAGAAGAUGGCCGCACCCUCUCAGACUACAACAUUCAGAAAGAAUCCACCCUCCAUCUUGUGCUGCGUCUCAGGGGAGGACCUUAAGUUUCCCCUGCUUUUUUCAAAAGUGACCAAAUAUAUUUUAAUUCUUGAAGCCAUAAAGGCAAAAUAAAGGCAUUUAGUUUA